AUGGCUAGUUAUUCAAGAGUUUCAACUGUGUUGCUAAUUGUAGUUCUUGUGGGUAGUUUACUCAUGGUUGUCACGGCUGGUGACUUCUACGAAGAUUUUGACACCCCUUGGGGCGAUGAUCGUGCUCAGAUACUCAACAAUGGGGAGCUUCUUUCUCUCUCCCUCGACCAGUUCUCCGGCUCGGGCACACAAUCCCGAAAUAAGUAUCUGUUUGCAAAGAUAGAUAUGCAUCUCAAACUUGUCUCCGGAAACUCUGCCGGCACCGUCACCGCUUUUUAUUUGUCAUCACAAGGAUCAAAGCACGAUGAAAUAGACUUUGAAUUCUUGGGGAACGUGACUGGUGAACCAUAUAUUCUGCACACCAACGUGUUCACCAAGGGAGGGGGCGGUAGGGAGCAACAGUUCUACCUUUGGUUUGACCCCACUGAAGAUUUCCACGAAUAUUCAAUUCAUUGGAGUCCCCAAAGCAUCAUCUUUUCUGUGGAUGGCACACCCAUUAGAGAGUUCAAGAAUGCCGAGUCAAUUGGUGUUCCAUACCCAAGUAACCAACCAAUGAGGAUAUACACCACCCUAUGGAACUCUGAUGACUGGGCCACGCAGGGUGGUCGGGUCAAGACAGAUUGGACCCAGGCUCCAUUCAAUGCUUCAUUCACGAAUUACACCCUUAAUGCCUGUGUUUGGUCUUCGGGUUCAUCAUCUUGUAGUUCAAUUUCUUCAUCUUCAACCUCAAGCAAUGGUGCUUGGCUCUCAGAAGAGUUGGAUACCACAAGCCAAGGGAGGUUGAAGUGGGUGCAGGAGAAUUGGAUGAUCUAUGAUUAUUGCAAAGACCCAGAGAGGUUUAUUCAUGGGGAACCUGCAGAAUGCAGCCUAUCUUAA